AUGAUUGCCCCUGAGCCCGUUGCGGAUACCGCCCCAGUCCUAUACUCCCAGAAAAUCACCCGGAUUGGAAUUGAUCAUUCUAGCCAGGCCGGUGAUGCCGAUCGCAGCCUAAUUGAUGUUGCCACUGUAGAUUUGGCACCAAUGUCCGAAUCUGACAGUCCCGCUCCCUCCAUGAUUACCGCAAACGGCAAUGGCUCUACAAAACAAGGACAAAAUCUAAUCAGCAACAGGACUUCAUCUAGUUUAUCCUUCGAUGCUGUAUCAAACGAUCGCGAAAUGGCUGUUGAGAUAUUAAAAAUUAUUGAACGGUAUGGUGUUGACUAUGAGAAGAAUGGGGCUUCCUGGAAGGGGCUCGAGUCGUUCGUCCCCACAGUGAUCGAGCGGGUCAAGCGCCAGGAACCGAUUCGCAUGAUCCUUCCUGCUUUUCCAUUCAAGUCUCCCAAUGCGCGCGACAAAGUACUGGGCACAAUGCCCGACUUUGGUGAGGAAUUGGCGCUUGCUCAUCUGAAUGGGCUAUGCGAGAAUAUUCGUCAGGUCUACAAGCCCGGUGCCGAUGUAUAUAUCAGUUCCGAUGGACUGGUAUAUAAUGAUAUUCUCGGCGUCCCUGACGAAACUGUUUGGGACUAUGGAGAGAAGUUGCGGCAGAUGGCCGUUGAGAAGGGCCUCCACCAUGUGAAAUUCAUUCGACUAUUCGAACUCUUGGAGCACCCUUGGUUCCAGACCACCAGCCCAGAAGCUGCUAAGGCAUUCUAUCUGGCCCAUGCUAGCUGUCUGCGUCGCGAGCUUAUGUUUGUCUUCGGCGACCCAAACUUCAACGCAGAUGAAGCGAUCAAAACAGAUAACGACACCUGCCUCACUUAUCGUGGGUAUAUUAAAUUCUUGACAAAAGAUCUUGCACAUCAAGACGAUACCCAGACAUUGUCAAAGAGAGCAAGAGAAAAGCAAGUGGCGCAGAUUGCCCGCCAGAUGAUUAUUCGGGGCAAAAUGUUUGCUGCGGCCAUCAAAGCUAACCGCGGUGAUUAUGUUCGCCUGUCUAUCCACGAAUCUGCUGGGGAGAAGAAGCUUUCUGUAUCACUUGUCCCUCAGAUCCGUGGUGCUCUUGGAUUUACUCCGUGGCAUGCUUCUGUGGCUAUCGGUCUGGAUGGCUCCUACCGUACUGUUCAUGCGGAAGAUGUACGUGAUACACACGAUCUGAUCUAUAAGAAUGGCCAGCCAUACUUCUUCCGUGAAAAGUCAGAGAUUUUUGACUGGGCGGAGAAUGGACUAGCCGUUAAAUUCGAGCAUCUCUACCCGUGCGGUGUCAUCAUACGUCCAGCAGAUAUCGAUCAUGUUAAUCCCCCACCAUCUAUCAGUGCCAUACCCAUGCAUAAAGUUCGCAAAAUUUCCAACAUUAUGUCACCAGUUGUUCUACGCGGGUUUACAGAGACCCUCAAGGAAGAUUUAUAUGUCGAAGCUGGGUCGCAGCUAGGCGCUAUUCUUCCGUGGAGCUUUGGCAUUAUCCAGAAAGUACGUGACGCCGGUCGUUCGGACAAGCUGGGAAACAACGUCACUUCGAAUGAAGCCAUGCCUAUGCAUUUUGACGGGAUGUUCAAAUUUGAAGAGGUUACCGACCCGGAAACUGGAGAGAAGAAGAAAGUUCAGCGUCCACCUGGCUACCAAUUUUUCACUUGCCCAGCAACCGCCCCCAAAGGGAGUGGAUAUACCUUGUUCGCCAGUUCACGCCUCUUCUUCCGAUAUCUCCCUCUUCCAUGGACUGCAGAGCGCCUACAGAAUAUUACCUGGGCCAUGGAUAACGACGGAUUUUGGGAUGCGAAGCUCAAAAACCUCCCACUGAUCGUGAAACACCCCGUUUCCGGGCUUCCCUGCGUGCGCUGGCAUCAGCCAUGGGAUUCUACGAAGACUAAAUUCUCAACCUGUGAUGUCAAAAUUGAAAAUGAUGAUGCUAGCUUGAUCAAAGUCAUUGACCAGGUCACGUACGAUCAGCGUGUCUGUUUGCGAUUCGAAUGGGAGAAGGGUGAUUUGUUGAUUAGUGACAAUACGUCCAUGCUACACACUCGCACCGGGUAUAUUAGCGACUGUGAUCGAGAAUUAUGGCGCAUUCAUUUUGACUAG